CAUAUAUAUACAUAUAUCCACUUUUCAAUUCACUUUACUUUUUCAUUCCGCAACAUCUUCACAAUCUUAUCCUGCCUAAGAUGGCAGCCCGAUCGCCUCGUACCUCGUCGCACUCCCGCAACCCCUCCACAGCCUCCCACAUCGACCUCGCGACAUUCACUCCCAAAUCGGCCGCUGCUCGUCGGAUGAGCCACACAUCGACCCUUCAAUCCGCUUCUAUAUCUCCUAGAACAUUCUUCGAGAAUGUACUCGAUGCUCAUCAACUAACACUAGCAGGCGUGGUCAGUUCAUUGAUGUUAUGCGGAAUCAUGUACUCUCUUGUCCUCUCUACAUCACUCAACACUUCUGAAAUACAUCAUAACCACAUCCCCGAGCGCGUCGCCUACUUUGCUCGUAAAUCCAACAUUCUGAACGUCAUAUUUGUCAAACGAGCUUGGGCUUGGACAUCUGCCAUUUACCUCUUACACCUUGUCACUUCUCCUCGAAACCGUUCCAGGAUGUUUAGCUUUUCCACUCCUCCCAACGAUGGACGAAUCAGAAGGUUAUUGGUCUGGAUAGCAGCUACCGCAUGCUGGGCUGUAUUCACAAGGUGGUUCUUUGGUGCAGGCCUUGGAGAUCGAAUCAUUGCCCUUACGGGUGGGAACUGUGCUCUUCCUUUACCGCCCUCUAUCUCACCUAUCCUUGCUCGGCACACUUUUGGUAAACUAUUCACUGCUGGACCUCAAGGAUCAUCAGGCCAGGAAAAAAUCUACAUUGCCCUCCCUUACAAAUUUUGCACCGGCGUUCCUCUCACACCUGACGCUUUGCCUGAACUAUUCGCUCUCCUCCCUGGCGGCGGCAAGGGAACUGCCAUCCCACCAGGAGGCGGACCUACCGCUUCGCAUGAAAGUCUCGCUCCCCUUCCGCGCCCGAGGUGGCAUAAAGGGUUCGACAUUUCUGGUCACUCUUUCCUCUUGACGCUAUGUAUCAUGGUUCUCGGCCGCGAGCUCGCUCCUACUUGGCGAGCUUGGGCCGGUGGUAAAACGGCUGGGUUGCGCUAUGGAAGGGCUAGAGGGUGGAAGAGCAAGGUUCAUGGGUUGAUCGCUCUUGCGGCGACGGGGCUGGUAGGUAUCUGGAUGUGGAUGGUACUCAUGACGGCUGUGUACUUCCAUAACCCUCCCGAAAAGCUUGCAGGGCUUUUGCUCGGUCUCUUGUCUUCCGGCUUGAUUAACCUUUUCAUUCCGACCUUUUCCCCAUCUCCCUUCAAUCCUAUCACAACAACACGAACUCCAACGCCUCCAGCCUCAGGCUCGGGUUCAUGCGAAGGGGAAGGACGACCAUUUUCUCACAGUUUAGGUGACGACGGAGAAGAAGAAGAGGUGGUGGAUGAGAAUAAGGCAAGGAGAGAGAAUGUGGUGGAUAGUGGUAUUAUUUACAAGGUUGAUGGUGAGGAUGGGAAAGGUGAGGAGGACCUUAAGGGGAGAGUGAACGUGAAGCAGAAAGAGGCGUUAGCGACAAAGGAGAAGACCAAGGAGCAGUAAAGCAUCUUGUAGAGACCCCAUUUAUGUCUUUUUGUCUCUCAUGGUAUGGAAUAGUAUGUACUUUGAUAUGAGGAGCAAAGGAAUUAGAGAAUGCGCGUCAUGUAGCUGUAAACACGACAAAGUAGACUUUUUCUUUCAACAGAAACAUGCAUAUCAUCCGU